GUGCUUCAGGUUAAGAACAGUUUCAGGUUAAGAACAGAUCUCCGGAACGAAUUCUUAACCCGAGGUACCACUGUACUUGAUUCAUAAUUGAGUGUGCAGAGAUUGUACAGUUGGAUGUGGCUCCUACAGUGUUGAUCCUCAGAAAUAAAUUGAACAAGCCUGCCCAGAGUGCUUUUGCCUUCCCAGUGAGAAUCUGUUUAUAUUUAAUAAAAUGAUUCCACCACGGGUAACUUCAGUCUAAAAUAUAAACUCACUGGGUUGUAUCCAAUGCUAAUCCUACUUACAGUAGCCCCACUGAAAUUGUUGAACAUGACUAACUUAGGACCCGCUUUAGAUACAACCCUUCAUUGCCUGUGUCAGUCAUGUGAUACAUGGAGUUACUGCCAUUCUUUUACCAAAAUGCCAAGGGACACCGCCCUGAAACAAGUGGUUCUAGCACCAGUAUAAAGUAGUUACUGAAAUGUUAAGGGAAUUCAUGUAAUGUUAUGGGAAUCCACUGUUUUCUGUGUUCUACUUCACCAGAGCCCAGAGCAGUUCCAGUCCAAGUUUUACAAAAAAAUUGCAAGUCACACAGCAUCAAGUGAUAGCUUAAAAAAAAAAGCCCUACCAUGCACCUAAAGAAAGAAAGCUUGCCAGCCGCCUUUUUCCUUCUAUCCUCUUCGCCCUCUUUAGCAUUAUUGUGUGAUCUUCUUAACGCCAUCAGCUUCUAAUGAGGUUAACUCAUUAGAAAUGUGGCAGACACACGUUUUGAAAAGUAAAUUGUCUCCAUCCACAUCCAUUAAAAAAAAGUAUGAGUAAAAAAUAAGAAACCAAUCUAAUUGCUUUACAAACAAGAUUCUGAAAAGGGCAAUAAAGAAUCAAACGGGAAGCUGGGUUCUCUGAGCUUGGCUACUGUAUUAAGUGUAGCCUUUAAGGAAACUGUUCUGAGCAUGCUCAGAACAUUGGCUCCUGGGUUUAUCAGAAAAGUAACCUGCUAAUGUGGCUGGAUUGCCACCCAGGAGGGAGAGGAGAACUGCACACCUAGGGCUAAGAGCUAGUAGCUCCAUUAACAUACAGAUAUCUGAAGGUAUCUGAAGAAGUGUGCAUGCACACAAAAGCUUAUACCCAGAACAAACUUAGUUGGUCUCUAAGGUGCUACUGGACAAUUAUUAUUAUUAUUAUUAUUAUUAUUAUUAUUAUUAUACAGAUUUACUAUCAUGUUUUAUUCCUGCUUGGUGAUAAAUGGAUGGAGUCUUCUGGUCAUAGCAAUGCUAUGAGAAUCUGGGUGAUGCAGAAAACUGAUUGACCAGAGAACUGGAGAUUCACAGAAGAGUGGCUUUGAGAUUUUGAUGGAAACUCUCUUAAAAAUUGUGUGAUAAUUUACAUGGUAGGGCUAAGCCCUUGUUACCCUGAUAGACCCGCCUCCAGUGACUUUAAUCGAGGUAGGAGAAAUGAAGAGUGGGAAGAACACAAAAAUAUAAAAUACUAGAUUUUAGCAAUGGCAAUUCAUUAUUUUUUAGUCAUGUUUACAAGGUGUUCUCUCAGUUUACAACAUACACUAAACACUGGAGGGGGCAGCUUUAUGGGGCCCAAAUUCUGUACAUGCUGUGAAUACCUAUAAAUUGCCAAUGAGGUGGAUAAGAAGGAUGAAGUGCGAAAAGUGGCGAAGAAUUUCAGAGCUGGAAUCACGUGGAGGAACAAUCACUAGAAGUUAGUCUUGCUUCACACCCUCAGGCAAAUUCUACAGAGCUGCACCUUGCUUACCACAUAUUUCAUUUUUGUUCCACGUGUUUCAUUUUUAUCCAAGGAGCCUAGUGUCCUGUUAUGUGGUUCCCUCUCCGUAGAUCCCAAAAUAACCAUUUGUGGUUGGUUCCUUGAGAGCGUGUGAGAUAGAACAAGCUUCAUAUCGGAGUAGGUAUUUGAAUCUGGAUCUUCCUGCUCAGCCAGGCACUCUAAUCAUGGCAUGAGAUUGCCUUCCUGUUUACUCAAGAACCUGAAUUUUGUGGGUCCAUAAUUCAUCUCUUUAUUCACUCUUCAUGCUUAGUUGUGUGUCUUAUUGGUUUGGUAUGAAGAAAACAUUGUGAAGGUGACCAGAGACAAACUAAAAAUAAACGCCACAGUCCAAAGAACCUAAAUACUAUUGAACCUAAAUGCCUGGGCUGUGUGUAUGUGUAACUGGUGAUAAUAGCCAAUAACCCAGGCAGUAAGAAUGAAGGUAAAUGAGCCCCAGGAGCAUAUCGUCCUCAGCUGUAAAAAAUUAACUUUGUUUGCAAGAGCAAAGAUUUCAAAUGUGCUCCUGGAGUCACAAUGCUGGAUUGAAAUAUUAAAUUACUUACUGGUUUUACUGCUUUCCGAACCAGUUUCUUUGUGUUCUAGCUAAUACGUUUUGACUGGGUUGGUGGUAAUCAUAGAAGAGUCAAAAUGAGAUCUUGGCUAUUGAUGAUGUGGCAGUGAUAAGGGAGUAGCUCUGUCCGAGGCAGUUGCACUAUGGUGUCAAAAUGUGUUGGUUUUCCCAGAGACUUCUGUGACCCUACUGACCUGUCAGCUUUUGCCACGUUUGCUUAAAAAUGCCUUUCUGUGGAAGAACAGCAGGUGUGGGCUAAUCCUUAUCCCUCUCUCUCUUUUAAGCAGUGUCGAUCCUUGCGUUACAGGGCACCUCCCAUCUUCUGUGUGACUUCCAGCAUGGCUGGUUUGAACGUCUCCAUAGCCUUUUUCUUCUCCAUUGUCGCCCUUUGUGAGGUGACCAGGAGGCUCUCCAAGAGAAUUUUUCCACCUAAGCUGUACUCGUGCUUUGCUAGCGAACUGGCCAGCUCAUUCCAGCUGUGUGCUUGCUGCCUGGAGCUAAAGAUGCUUGUGGAGAUUGGUCCAUGGGUUGGUGGCUUUGGCCCAGAUGUGAGCUUCACACUCCUCUUCCUUCUCUUCUUGGUUCAUGGUGCUUCUUUUGAUGGAGCUUCUGCCAACCCUGCCGUCUCCCUCCAGGAAUUUUUAGCUUUGAAUUCUCCUUUUGUGGUCACAGUUUCCAAGCUCUUGGUCCAGUUUAUGGGGAUGAUAGCAGCUGAUGCCUUGACCAAGCUAUAUUGGUCCAGGGAACUGACAGACUUCCACAUGAUUCAAAACAUAAUGGUCCAAGACUGCAGCUCAUCGCUCAGAACAUCUGUCUCCCAUGGCAUCUUUGUGGAGGCCACAUGCUCAUUUUUUUUCAACGUAGCGAUUCUCAGGUUCCGAUCCAGUUCUCCCAUGUACAGAGCCCCUUUCGUUGCACUCACUGUUACUGCCUUGGCCUACACAGCUGCACCUUUCACAGGAGCCUUUUUUAACCCUGCCCUGGCAUUUGCUGUGACUUUUUCCUGUUCUGGGAACAGCUUACCAGAGUAUAUGCAAGUGUAUUGGUUGGGGCCCACUGCAGGGAUGCUGGUAGCUCUGUUCGUGUAUCGGGGGAACAUCCCACGACUCUUUCAGACAAACCUGCUGUACAGUCAAAAGAACAAAUACAGGAUCCCCAAGGGAAAAGCAAUUCCAUUGUCUGGUGCUGAACAAAGACAGCCAAAAGCACAGAAGGCGACCAGCUGCUCAGGACCAUCGGACAGAACAGAGUGAAAGAGAUUGGCAUUGGUGGAUGGCACUGGGGGUCCUUUCAGUCUUUGAUUGUUAUUAUUUGGCAUGAGGAAGAAGACCUUGAGCAUCUCUCUGUGUUCCUGAGGUCGCUUGUAGUGCAUUCCGGCUAGAAAGAGGGACAAAAAGUCAUCUCUCAUGUGCUGCCAUAUCACCAGUGUAUUGCGUUGAGCUAGGUCCUUCAAAGGUCUGUAGAAGUUAAGACCCUUAACAUUCCAUACAUUCAGGUUGUCUUCUUCUUAGUGCCCUGUUCGGGAUAUUUUUCAUUCUGUAGCAUUCUUAUGAAUGGGUGGGAUGAUGUAGUACCUUGUGGCCCCCACCCAGAGAAAGUUAGCUAUCUUCAGUGCUUUUUUCCUAUGGGUACGCAGGGGUACGCAUACCCCAAAACAUUUUAUGAAUCUUUGUACUUUUGUCCAUUUACUGUAUUUAUUUCCCCCGAUUUGAACUAUUUUCUUGAGGCAAAAUGAAAGUACCCCUAAGGAAAAAAAGCACUGGCUGUCUUUAUGUUCUGUGAUAUGGGAUUAAAUAAGGGAGGGGGCUGUGGCCCUCUGUAUGUUGUUGGACCCAAGCUCCCAUCAGCCCCACACAGUUUGGCAAAGUGGGAAAGGAUGAUGGGAGCUGUAGUCCAAGUUCCCCAGCCCCAUUAUAUAAUAUGGUGGGAUCUUUGGCAUUCUUGAAUGUACAGGCAACUCGCAACUCACAUGCAUUCAAGUCGCAAGGGACCGUACACAUGUGUGACGUUUUUGGCACUGAAAGCUGGUGGGGGCAGAAUAGGAUCAGAAUUUGUUAGUGUGGGGGCAAAAUAGACCGGAUCGGACCAGAAGGGAUUUACAUGCAUCCAACUGACCCUGAAACAGAACUACUGCAUAACUGAGGAUUCCUUCGUAUGUGUUAUUAAGGGUUUGACACUUAAAUCAUAUAUUUGAUUUCAUAUGAAUCAUAUGAUUCCAUACGAGAGCUGCUGGAACUGAGUUCUGGUGAGUUCUGGCUGAAAAAAUCCCUGGGUAUUUUUUGCACUUGUGUAAUGCACUGGAAGUGUGCAACAGCUUUUGUGUGUGUGCAAUUGCUUAUUUAUUAGAUUUUUCACCUCCCCUUUACCAUGAGGUCUCAGGGUGGGUUACAGCAAUUUAAAAACACAAUCUUUAAAUCAGUUUAAACAAACCACAGUCAAGAGAACUGAGUGCUCCCACCCCAAAAUGUUUCUAAUAAGCUUCCAGCGGUGACAGCAGAUGUACAGCAGCUGACUUACUGGCUAAAAAAAAAGUAUUUUUAUUAAAUUUCCAAAAAGAAUCCACAUAAAAUACCAGUGCAUAUUACAAACUUUUUUCUUUCUUUUGUAUUGUCAACUAAUAUUGACUUACUGACUUUUUAUGGCAAAGGGAAAUCCAUAUUCAAUCUGGGCAGGGGGAAGAGUACAGGCAUGGCGACAUCACAUAGACAACGCUGAAAGUUUGUGUCAAUGAACAGCCCCGAUUCACAAUUAACACUCCAUCUGGAAUUUGCCCCUUGCACCUGUGUUGCACCUUGAACUUACCCUGUAUCCUUUUGCACCCUCACUUUCUCUACCCUUGAGUACAUAAGGGAUAAUAAAUACACAGUCAUUCAAUAUAUUCCUUGCAUAACUCUUAACAAUGUGUUCUUAUCAGCUGAUCUGAAUUAAGCCAUUUGCAAUGGGGAAAGCACAUCUCUCUCUGUAAACAAUGAGUAAGGUAAACAAUUCGUUCAAUUGCUUAAAUGCCAACUGAUUGCCCUCGUUACAAAUUAGAAGUAUGAUCCAGCUAAAUUAAGCACUAAGGCUGCAAGUCUAACUCCACAUACUUGUCUAGAAGCCCCACUGAAUUCAAUAGGGCUCAUUUCUGCUUCUGAUGAAGCAUGGUUAAGAUUGUUCUGUAAGACUACAAUCCUACUUUGCAUAUUUUUUGGGGGGAGUAAGCCCUGAUCGUCUAUGGAAAUCCAUUCUUAACUCUGUCCUUGAAAUCAGUUUGCCUUUGAAAAGUGUCCAUUUCCAUCUUGUGUCUGCUUUAUCUCUCCCUCCCCUGCAAGAGACAUGAUUGUGAUAGUUUAAAAGGACCUUGUGGUCAUAUUGAAAGUGUCAAAUAGAACCAAUACUCUAAUAGCAGAUGGGGAAGUAGUCAUCAGAGUAGAGUUGGCCACACACGAUGAGAAAUCCUUUAAUGUACUGACCCACACAAAACUUAAUUUCAAGUUGGUUGUCAGGAUUUGGGGCUGGGGGAGGUAUUAUUUAUAUCUCUUAGAAAUUCCUUCCCUAUUGGCAGUUCUUGAUGUUUGGUGAUAAGCCAAUUGCUAAUAAAAUAGAUUUUUGUUCAGUUCAACUUAAUGUGAAUUAAUUAUUGCUUGGUUACAUCUAGCAUUUUUAUUUUGUAUUCUUUUACAUUUGUAUAGUGGUUUCCC